AUUCCUUAGCUUCCUACAUAUAGCUCAAACAACAACAACAAGAACAACAACAACAAAAAACACACGAGAAAGAACGCUUGUAACCGCAUAGCUGCCUUUGAAGUUUGAAGGGUUCAACUUCAAGUCUUCAACCCAGUUGACUGGGCAGAAAGAUACAGCUAGUUUCCAAGCUCGUACGUUGUACCGGCGACAUGGAUCGUGGGAAUUCUGCCCAAGGUGAAGGAAGCAUUCAUCUCCAGAUUGCCGAGCUUCAGAAGCUCGGUGAAACCGUCGGUACUUCAAGCACCACAAUUUUUGAACCCCAGAGCGGUAUUGAGAAGAGAGACAGUAGCAAUAGCAAUACAGAUUCUGUUUCUCUCACAAUGCCGUCGUCCGUUCGUGCGCCGGAAAAGAAGAUUACUCUCUUUGCUCUUCAGCUUGCAGUUCUUGAGAAAGCAGCCACCGGCCUUGGAACUCUUGGGUUCAUCUGGGCAACGGUUGUUCUUCUUGGUGGGUUUGCCAUCACUUUGGAUAAAACCGACUUCUGGUUUAUCACCAUCAUCUUGUUGAUUGAGGGGACUCGCAUAUUCAGCAGAAGCCAUGAACUUGAAUGGCAGCACCAAGCCACAUGGUCAAUCACAGACGCGGGAAUCAACAGCUUCCGGGCACUGAGAUCCAGCUCACACUUCCUCAUUGGAACCGUAAAAGCAAUUUUCCGGCCAAUUCUUUCGGUUCCCAAAAAAGUUAACCACACUAGAGAAUUAACGACGGCAUAUGACACAGCAAGCCCUGGAUUCACCGAUCACCAAAGAAUGCCGACUCGGACAUGGAAAAGUUCAGAUGUUCCUCUUCUACCGUUUUCUCAAUGGAUUUUCCUCUCGAGAAAUGUCAGUAAGCUUCUCUAUUGGCUCCAACUUCUAUCUGCAACAGCCUGUGUGGUCCUCUCAUUGAUGAAGCUCAUCAAGCAUAACUAUGGUGAGGUACAAAAAGGAGACACUGACAAGAAGAAUCGGCAAUCCGCUCUGAAUAUUUUCUAUGCCUUGGCAUUAGCAGAAGCACUGUUGUUUCUGACGGAGAAAGCUUACUGGGAGUGGAAAGUCAUCUACCAUAGACUGUUGGAUGAAGUGAACAAGGAGUGCGAGUUUGGACCUUCAGGUAUGGUUUCAAUUAGAAGGUUCUUUUAUGAUGCCUAUUCAAAAUGUGUAAACGGAAGCAUUUUUGAUGGCUUGAAGAUGGAUAUGGUUGCUUUUGCUAUGGAUCUCUUGGAUUCAAAUUCCCCUGAUGAGCAGCUUGUUGGAGUUAGAAUACUUCGACAAUUUGCAUUGAAUGUGCGAUUUUCUGAUGACACCCUCCAAAAAAUAGGGAUAAAUAUAUUGGUGAUAGAGAGAUUAGUUGAGAUGUUGAAUUGGACAGACCCACAAGAUGAAGAGAUCAGGCGAUCAGCUGCAGAGAUAUUGUCAAAACUAGCCGGUAAAAAGCAAAACUCCCUCCGGGUUGCUGGCAUACCUGGUGCUAUGGAAUCAAUAUCAUCUCUGCUCCAAACCAACAGAAGCUUCAGUGGUGCAGCCGACGAAAUCGGUGAAAAGAAAAUCAUCCUUGACCAUGCAAAUUAUGGAUUCUGGACAUUUAAUCAUUUAGGACUUCUUAUUCUGAAGAAACUUGCACGUGAUCAUGAUAACUGUGGAAAGAUUGGAAAUACAAGGGGCCUCCUGCCAAAAAUCAUAGAUUUUACACAUGUUGAAGAAAGGUUGUUGAAGGAUAAAAAUGUUGCAGCAUCUCAGAUUGAGACCGUGAAACGAUCCCUGCAAGUAGUGAAGAUGCUGGCACACACAUCUGGCGCCACGGGAAAACAUCUACGAAGAGAAAUUUCCGAGAUAGUUUUCACCAUCAGCAACAUUAGAGAUCUUCUACGGUUCGGAGAAAAUCACUCAAUGCUGCAGAAACUUGGCAUAGAUAUCUUAACCAGUCUCGCGCUGGAAGAGGAUGCAACAGAGAGGAUUGGGGGUACAGGUGGAGUUCUGAAGGAGUUGUUUAACAUUUUCUUCAAAGAGGGAAUGCCAGAGAAUGAGAAUAAUGUAAGAAUUGCCGCUGGAGAAGCACUAGCAAUGCUGGCUUUAGAAAGCGAAAGUAACUGCUAUCGUAUCUUGAAGCUGGAUGUACUAGAAAGGCUCGUAGGAGCACUGGAAGUUCCAUUGCUUCGUAUAAAUGCGGCAAGAAUUUUAAGAAAUUUGUGCACCUACAGUGGUGCAGAUUGCUUCAACCGCCUAAAGGGAGUAACAGCUGCAACACCUACGGUGCUUAGGGCAAUCAUGUCAGAAGAGAACAAACUACAGGAAGUGAUGAUUGGACUAGCAGCAAAUGUUUUUAAAUUCAUGAAUCCUCAGGAGUCGAGCAUCAUGUUUAAGAAAGCUGGAAUUACUGAAGCUGAAUUGGCUAAUCACUUAAUCCAGAUUUUGAAGAAACAUCAAUACCCACCAACUCAAAUUCCAAGAAUAAGGAGGUUUACCAUAGAGUUGGCGAUAUGGAUGAUGAGAGACAAGGAGACAAAUGUAAGCAUUUUCAAGGAUCUGGGAAUGGAGAAGAUGCUGGAGGGUGUCUUGGAGACCACAGCAGAGCUUGAAAGCUUCCAUAUUUUCUCCGGUACUGUUGGAGUUAACCGGCACAGCACAACAAUCCACUCACUGGUUGAAACUGCUCUGAAGUUGCUGGCGGAUUGAUGAAAAUCACAUAGGGUACCAGAUCUUGGUAUCAAAAUAUCAUCUUUACCUCACAUGUGCAGAUAAAAUUAUCUUGUAAAUAAGCACACAUAAAAAUUGCAGGAGAUUCUUUUUAUCUAUGUAAUAAGGAUGCGGAUGUAAUUGUUUUAAGUUAUGUCAAUAAUGAAUCAACUUAUUGAA